AUGCCAGCCGUAUACCCGCUCACAAUCCCGCCGUCGCUGCUGCUAGCCGUGCACGGCUACCGCAAGGGCUCGCUGUCGCUCUCGGGAUCCGUGGCAGCCGCGACGGUCGGGUACGCUUCGCUGGCCAACCCGCACCCGCUGUUCGGGACGCUGCUGCUCGUCUUCUACUUUACCGGAUCACGGGCGACCAAGGUCAAGGCCGACGUCAAGAGGCGGUACGAGCGCGAGGCCCACCUCGCACACGACGACGGCGACGCCGAGGAUGGGGCGGCCGUCAAGAGGGGUGCGGGAGAGGGCGGCAACCGUUCGGCCACGCAGGUGCUGUGCAACUCGCUCACCGCCGUCGUCGCCGCCGCCGCAUACCGUCUCCUCGUCCUCUCGCCCUCCUCGGACUGGACGAAACACCUGCCGCGCUGGAUGACGAGCGAGAUGCUGCUCCUCGUCGCCGUCGGACACUACUCGGCCUGCCUCGGCGACACGCUGGCAUCCGAGCUCGGCAUCCUCUCCACCUCUCCGCCCCGCCUCGUCAUCGCGCCCUGGAGGACGGUGCCGAGGGGCACCAAUGGCGGCGUCUCCGCGUGGGGCACCCUCGUCUCGGCCGUCGGCGGUGGCAUCAUCGGCGCCGCGACCGUCGCGUGCCUCUCGUUCACCAGCGCUCCCCUCACGUCGACCAAGGCCAUCAACGUCGUCUCCCUCGCCACUCUGGCAGGUUGUGCAGGGUCAAUGAUCGACUCGAUCCUCGGCGCCACGCUGCAGCAGACGCUCUUUUCAAAGGAGCGCGGACAGGUCCUCGUCGGAUCGCCUGCCGCUCCUUCGUCGUCGGCGCCGUCGGCGCGCCGAAGCAGGCUGGUGGAGAAUGAAGGGUGGGAGGCCAUCACGGGCUACAACAUCCUUUCGAACAAUUCGGUCAACUUUAUCGCUUCCCUCGUCACGGCCCUUGGUACCGCCCACGUCGGCACAGCCUGGUCCGUCCUCUGA